AUGCACGCAGGGUUGAUGAUUAGUUUUGUUGGCCUUGGCCUGCCUAUCUUAGCACAUUGCUCUAUCCUCCCCCAUCUGGCUCUCGACAAAGUACUGAAAGAUGCCUCCCCAAUCUUUGGCCCAUAUAUGCCAUCCUCGGUGCAUACAGCGCACUGGAUGAAGCGUUAUCCUGACUCGACACCCGUAGUGCGCAUGAAUCUGCCGGGAACGCAUGACAGUGCUACAUGGAAUUAUUCGCAAGCGACGCAGGAUGCGCUGCGGCCCAUCACCGACCUCAAUGGCGAGUCCCUCCAGGUCUCAGACUGGUAUCGUUGCCAAGAUCGCUCGCUUAUUGACAUGCUCAACGCCGGUAUCCGUGUGUUCGACCUGCGCUUCGCCAUGGACGCUACGAGCUCCACACUGGUCUUCUACCAUGGGGCGGCACUGCAAUCUGAGACAGCCACUGUUGAAGAUGUGUUCUUUGGCUUCUACCACUGGCUCGAUCACCAUCCCACCGAGGCUCUCUUCCUCUCCCUGAAGUACGAAGACGGCACAGCACGGAAUGCCACUAAUGAUAUCUCCGUGCAGCGCGCCAUGUACAAGAUCCUGACUUCAAUGCCCGCUCGUCACUACCUGAACCCGAUGCAGAAUGAACUGGGCACACUGGGACAGGCGCGCGGCAAGAUCACCCUCUUCCGGCGCUUUGACAUGGCCGAUCUGCCGACCGAGGAGGUGGCACACGUGCCGGGGCUGCAUUUCCCACCACGCCUUUGGACGGAUAACUCACCCAAUAUUGAGCUCCUGUACAAUAAGCGGAAGAACUUUACGGCGUUCAUCGGGGAUUUCUACGAGACAGGAGCAGGCCUGGGCUCGAGCGCCGCACUUAACAUUCAGUGGAAGCUAAAUGCCACCACAUCUCAUCUCGUCAAGGCGGCGACGCAGCACCCCGACAGUCUCUUCUGGACAUUCGCUUCGAGCGAGUAUGAUACUAAUGUACCACCGGACUAUCCUCGUAUCAUGGCACUGGGAAAUGGUACGCAGAAAACUCCGCAGGGAGGUGCUAACCACCAGCUCAUCUCCUUCAUGCAGCAGCACAAGGGCCAGCGACUCGGUAUCGUCAUGUUUGAUUUUUUCGAUCAACCAGCGGACUUGGUGGCGACGCUGUUGGACCUGUAG